CGGAAUUAUUCCGUGGGCAAAUGACGGGUGUAUCGCAUGCGCCUCCAUGGUUGCCGGGCUUGGACCAGGCAGACAUGGAAAUGCUGGUGGGACAACGGCUUUAAGCCGGUGGUGUGCCUGAUGCUUUCAAGAUUUCUCCAAUGUACAAAGUAUGUCAGCUUUUCAGAGUGAUGUCAAGUCAAAAGACGAUGACUCUGAGCCGGACACAGAGAUUGAAGAUGUGGUCGCACAGCCUGCUCAUUGGUUUGCACCGGGUGGCUUGGGAGAUCCGGAUGGUGACUUGCAAGACACAUCAGUGGAUGGGCUCCAGGAAGCAGCACUCAGAGGUGAUAUUUGUUUAGUACGAAAGUACAUCAUGGCAGAAGCGCCGGUCAAUGCGCCGCUACAUGUCGCUGGAGGCGAUGAAUACCUCACCCUUCUGCAUGUCAUUGCUAGCAUACCUGGCUUGCCAAAUGGUCUUCACAUUGUGGCAGAACUGAUUCAGGCCCAGGCGAAUCCAAAUGCUCGCAGCACCUUGGGUUCCACUCCGCUCAUGUUUGCUUGCUUCCACAAGAACGUGGGCUUGGCGGAGGUGUUGCUGGAAAGUGAAGCAGAUCCUGAAGCUGUCGACGACCAUGGCAAAACAGCCCUCAGAUAUGCUGUCUCCCUAGAAAGGAAGGGCACUGAUGCUGCACAGAGGAGCGCUGAGCUUGUGAAUAUCUUGGAGAGCCAGGGCGGAGAUCUUGACAACGGUGGCACUCGGUCUCCCAUGGCUGAGGCCAUUCUCCAAGACAACGGUGAUGCAGUCACUCGGUUGCUGGAGCUGGGUGCAAUGUCCGACGGCUUGGUCUAUGCUGUGGCUGAGAAGUCUUUGCAUGUGAUCAAGGAGCUCAUGUCUGGUGGAGCAAACCCAUUUGCCAGAAAUGAGGCUGGCCUAAGCUGCUGGGAGGUGGCCCUGGAGCGUGACAAUGAGGAUAUUUUGGAUUGCCUGGAUCAUUACAUCGCAGAAACUGAGAGGUCACGGAGUGAACACUUGAAGCUAAAGCAGUUCGAAGAACAACCACUUUGGACGCUCAAGGGUUCGGAGCAUUGUCAGUGGUUGCUCAGCGGCCGCUCUGAGCCGAAAGCAGAGGAGACGCCCGCGCUGCCUGUGCCACUGUCUGAGCCGGUGGACCCGGUGGCGCCUGGCACCCUCUGGCGGUAUCAGGUCAAAAUCAUCCUGGACAAUCCAGUCCUUCAGGCAAUCUUUACAACCAACUUGGUCCUGGCUUUGUUUCUUCCUGACUUUUGGGUCAUUUUAGCUAUGGCUGGGGAUGGGGUUUUGGACAACGCGCUGGUCAUCAUUUUCUGCAUAUUCGUCGCGGAGUUUGCCGCGAAUAUCGUGGCUCACGGGGAUGCUUAUGUGAACAAGUAUCCUUUCUGGACCGACAUUGUUGGCAUCCUCUCAGUUCCUUGGGACCAUUCCCUGGUUGCAGACAACUUUGUGGACAUCUUCGAGGCCUCAGGUCUGGCGCGUGUGACCAAGUUUGCCAAGCUGAGUGCCCGGGCGGUCCGGUUGUCAAGGCUAGCGAAGCUCUUGCGCUUUUUCCCGGGCUCACGUGAUGGCGAAGGAAACAACGACGCUCAAGGUCCAGCGAAAGGUAUUUCAAUGGAGCUGAUGUCAAGUUUGUCUGUGAAGGUCGCGAUCCUUAUCAUCGUGCUUGCGCUCCUUCUGCCGAUGAUCGACUUUUUUCGAUGGCCUCCGGACGACUAUUCCUUGGAUACCUGGGCAGCUCAAAUCCAUUGGACCUCCAAGACGUUCCCCGAGGAUACAGUCACAGCCGUGGAGGACAUGCGGAACUUCUACGAAGUGCUGACGUACUUCCCCUUUGAGGUGACCUACAACUAUGCCAACAACACCCAGAUUGUCAUCGCCAUUCCCAAUGCCCAAGCUCCCAUGCGAGACGAAGACGUGGUCCAUAUUCAGAAGGAGGAUGUUUGGGUAAAGUUCAACUUCAGGACCCCCAAGCUGACGGAGGCAAUUCUGAAUGUCAUAAUAAUGAGUGGAGUCAUACUGACGAUGUUGGUCGGUGCAGCUUGUGUAUCCUCAGCUGUUUCCCACACCGUCCUGUCUCCAAUCCAAGACCUCCUGGAGAUCGUCCAUUCCACCGCCAUUCAGAUCUUUGAAGCUGUGGAACAAAUGGCAAUCUACUUUGUCAAGGAUUACUCGAACCAGCAGUGGCGGGAAAUGGUGACCAAGGACGUGAACACCAACCGCUUUGCUCACGAGGUGCAGCUUCUCUCCAAGGUCUUGAAAAAGUUGGAUUUGCUGACCAUCAUCGCCAAUGCCAAGAGACCUGUGGAUGAAUUCGAGCAGCUAGGUGAUGGGCCUUCCUCCUUUUUGCAGGAUUUCGCCACGUAUGCAGCUGUCCGGCAUCGGAUGACCUUGCCACGUCCUGAAGGGCAAGUUGAAUUGGAUGAGACUGAGCAAUUGAUGCUUAUGCAAUGCAUUGGCCAAGAACUUGCUCCAGUUGAGAUCAGCCGGGCUGACUGGGAUGAUUGGGACUUGCACAUAGCAGAUUUGAACUCCACGCAGCGUUCGUCUUUGGCCCGGUGCUUGUUUGUCAUGUACGACACCACUCCUGGGUUUGAAGGAUACCGAGCAGUCAGCAUAAAGAAGUACACGUGCCACUGCGAGUUCAUCAAGGCCAUGGAGGGUCAGUAUGAAGAUGAACAGGCUGUCCAAUACCACAAUUGGAUUCACGCAGUUGAUGUGGCCUUCACUUUGCAACAGAUAUUUCGUCAAAUCAACGCCGAAGCCUACUUUGCAACCCAUGAGCGAUUUGGGCUGAUGGUGGCUGCCUUCGCACACGAUGCAGGGAACUUUGGUGUGACGAAUGGCUUCCUCAGCCAGUCUUUGCAUGAAUUUUCCCUCAUGUACAAUGAUGUGAGCUGCCUGCAACAUUUGGCCUGCGCCAAGCUCUUCCGCAUCGCGUCUGAGCCGGGCACCUCGAUCUUCAUCAAUUUCGACAAAGCCACCCGCCAGGAUGUUCGCCAGAUCAUCAUAUUUGCGAUCCUUCAUACAGAUCCACAGUGUCAGCUGGAUCUUUUGGCACAAAUGUGGACCCAUUAUGAAGGACGCAAGGAGCUCUUUGAUCUGAUACAGAAGCUUUCAAGGCAAGAGCUGGAAGAGGGUGACAAGGACAUCCUUUCGAAGGCACACAAAGAGGUUGAGGACUACUUCUGGAAUGCAGAUGUGAAGUAUUCUUUGCGAAACUUGCUGCUUCACGUCGCAGACAACUCCUAUUCCCUGAAGCCUUGGGAGGUGUGUUUACACUGGGCUACUGCACUUUCGGAAGAGUUCUUCAAGCAGGGCGACCUGGAGAGGAGCUACAAAUUGCCAAUGCAGCCGCUGAAUGAUCGUGCGCGGGUGAAUGUGGCAUUUACCCAGGUCAGCAACAUUAAGCACAUCAUCAUCCCACAGACCAAGCUUUUAGUGACGCUGUUGCCGAACUUGCGGAGCUGCAAGAAGAACAUGUGGCUGAACUUGCGAAGGUGGAUCUCCAAGUGGAAGAAGUCGGGCCCUGACCACGAUGAGAUGAGCAGAGUCCUUCAGGAAAUCAAGGAGUUGCGAGAAGAGGACUAUUCUGAUCACGAGGAGGCCAUGGCCGGCAAGGAGGCAUCCAGUAGCUCCGAGGAGGUGAUGCCGUUGCGUUCCGUCCCGGAGGGCUUCGAGAUGCGGCGCCGCGCCUCGAUGCGCUCCGUGAAGUCCGGACGGUCUGCAAAGUCCACGAGCCCACGAAAGGACUUGUCAGGACAUGCCGAUUGAGAAGUUGACAGGAUACAGAAGGACUGAUUGAAAGAGAGAUGAGGAUGGCGAGG